AAGAAGAAAAGAAAGGCAGAGAGACAUGAAUCCUCAAAAUCAAAAGGAUAAAACAAAAAUCAAUGUUAUUGUUGUUGUUGUCGUGUCACCCUGAAAACCAAAGCUAAUGUUUUGUUCAGCUUCACCAUACAAAGAUGCCAUUUAUUCUUCUUCAACCUUGUAAGUCUUCCUUAUGCUUUCACUGUAACUCCUUCAUUUUCACCAACAAAAAAUCACAUACAAAACACCCAUCUUCAACACCCAACAACAAAUUUUGCUCUUUUCGUCCUCAUGGUUCAAUGCUUUCCAAAAAAGUUUCUAUCUUGAGUCAUACCCACUUCAAUUUUUGCUCAAGGAAUAGUGGAUUUGAUGGUUUUUCAAGUAAAGAAGCAAUUGAUGACGAAAUACAAGAGGUUGAAAGCCUUGAGUUGUUAAACAAGCCUUCACCUGUUUUUGAAGUUGAAUUGGAACAAGAGAAACCUUCCAAAGAGGAAGCUUUAGCACCCUUUAUGAAAUUUUUCAAAGGUACUGAUUCUAUCAAAGAGGUUGAAAAAGAAGAAGAAGAUAAUGAGGUAUUGGAAGUUUCAGAAGAAAAAGAUUAUGUGAGUGAUGAGACUGAAAAAAGAGAAGAUGAAGAAAAAGAAGAAGAAGAUAAGAAGGUCAAUGUUGAGUACUAUGAGCCUAAACCUGGUGAUUUUGUAGUUGGUGUUGUUGUUUCAGGUAAUGAAAACAAGCUUGAUGUGAAUGUUGGAGCUGACUUACUAGGUACAAUGUUAACCAAGGAAGUGCUUCCCUUGAAUGGUAGAGAAAUGGAGAAUUUGUUAUGUGAUGUGGAUAGGGAUGCAGAGAGUUUUAUGGUUGAUGGGAAGAUGGGGAUUGUUAGGAAUGAUGAAGCAAUGAGUGGAGUACCAAUUUCAGGAAGGCCUGUUGUAGAGACUGGAACCAUUUUGUUUGCUGAGGUUUUAGGUAGAACACUUAGUGGUAGACCAUUGCUUUCUACUAGAAGGCUCUUUCGCCGGAUUGCUUGGCAUCGAGUGAGGCAGAUGCAACAGCUCAAUGAGCCUAUUGAGGUUAGAAUUACAGAGUGGAAUACUGGAGGCCUGCUAACAACGAUUGAGGGUUUGCGAGCUUUUCUACCCAAAGCUGAGCUUGUAACGAGAGUAAAUAGCUUUACCGAAAUGAAAGAAAAUGUAGGGCGUCGUAUGUAUGUAGAAAUCACUCGAAUAGAUGAAGCUAAAAACUCUCUGUUACUUAGUGAAAAGGAAGCUUGGGAAAAGCUAUGUCUUCGCGAGGGGACACUUUUAGAUGGAACCGUAAAAAAGAUCUUUCCAUAUGGGGCCCAAAUUAAGAUAGGAAAAAGUAACAGAAGUGGGUUGCUGCAUGUUUCAAAUAUCAGUCGAGCUGAAGUUACUUCUGUCAGUGACAUACUUUCUGUUGAUGAAGAGGUCAAGGUUCUUGUUGUGAAGUCAAUGUUCCCUGAUAAAAUCUAUUUGAGCAUUGCAGACCUUGAAAGUGAACCUGGCCUUUUCCUUUCAAAUAAAGAGAGAGUAUUUCUAGAGGCUGAUAUGAUGGCAAAGAAAUAUAAGCAAAAGCUACCUCAUUCUAUGGUCACUACACGAUUAUCAGGACCCUUGCCAACUAGUGCUUUGCCCUUUGAAAAUGAAGCACUUUAUUAUGCAAACUGGAAGUGGUUUAAGUUUGAAAAAUGAUUAUGAAACAAGUUGACACAAGAGCAUGAAAUAAAUUAUUCGCUAAGAGAAGCUCAAUUGAGAGAACCCGGCAUUGCGUCGAUCAUCGGUCCCAUGACGGAUUUGCCUUUUUGAAAGAAAAAAGCAUGAAGAGCGUCCUCGACCUCGAGUGAAGAAACUUUUGAUGUUGUCAUUGUUCACCUAUAUUGUUUGGGCACAUAAAGAGCACGAGAAGUAUGUGGUGAAAAGAAUCACUGCCUGAUUAACUUUUUUUUUUUUCACCUUUUAAUUUCUCUUCAAUUUAAUUUUUUUAUAGUUUCUUUGUCCUCCAUUUUAGACAUCAUACUAUAGAUAGGUUCAUAUAGUUGGAUGUAAAUUCUGAGGGGAAACUAAAGUAACUUGAUUUUGAUCUGUUGUCACAGAAGUUUCUUACACUAUCAUCUAAUUAUGUGUUGACACUUUUGACGUUUUAAUUCAAAAGAUUCAUUAAAUGAUGUUUUAAAACAUAUUGUUAAAUGAUAGUGUAAAGUUUCUACCUUGUGAAGAACAAAAUUAAAUCCAAGUUGUAAUUACUCCGAUUCACUCAAUUUUUUAUUUGAUUUUUUCAUUUUAAUGUUUUCCUGCUUUUGUCUCUUUAUGAAUAAGAACUGCAGUAUAAUA